AUGAAAGAAAAUAAUAUUUGGACUAAGUUUUUAGUGUCUUUUAGUGGUCAAAUUGAGUUUGCUGUCUUUCCUGCUGGUGUAUUCGAUAACCAAUUAUAUAUUCAAUAUGAUAUAGUUUGGGGCCCUGACUGGGAGCCCCUUUCUGGGCUAUGUUCUGGGACAAGUCAACUCGCUAGUUCAGGAAAGGAUCCCGAAAAAGUUGUCUUUAAUUUACCAUUAGAAAUGGUUUUCGGAAGUACAAAUGUGUUUGGUUGGCCACAAUUGAUAGUGACAGUAAGAGCUAAGAGUUACUUCUUGGGUGACUCUUUACGAGGCUAUGCUGUGUUUCUACUGCCACCUAUUACUGGUCCUCAAGAGCUGAUCUCACAGCUCGUGAGGCCCCAGUCUGCCACAAUACUUGGAGAGUGGUUGUCCUGGUUGACAGGGAGACAUCCUGAAUUGGCCGACCCAAAAAUGCUGACUAGCGGAAAAGAUAAUUACUUAUUGAAGACAGAGUCCUAUGGAUAUGUAGCUAUAAAGAUAUCUAUGGUGUCAAAGGACUUGAGAAAACUUGGCUAUGAUAACCAAGCGCCCGUAUUGAUAAGUGGCGGUGUUUAUUUUCUGCAAAUUUCCAAGAUGGUGGCGUUUUUUCUGCUUAUAAUCGCUGCAGCAGCCACAGCUGUCAACUUACCCCCAUCUUGUCGGAAGCCAGUCUAUUGCGACAGUAAACUUCUCCACUAUGUUCAAAUGCACCGAAUCUUCACAGACUCGAAGACCUUCGUUGACCGUCAUCUUUUUAACGAUGAAGAGUCCACUCUGGCUGCGUUCGAUGAUCUACUCAAAGAAACCAACGAUAAUCCGACCAAGAAGCAAGUAGAAAAAUUUGUCGACAAGUAUUUCGAUAAAAGCAGUGAACUCGAAUCCUGGCAGCCUUCGGAUUACGAUCCUAAUCCACAAUUUUUAUCGACGAUCCGUGAUGAAAAAUUACGCAAAUUCGCCAAAGAUAUCAAUAAUAUCUGGCCCACGCUAGGAAGAAAAGUUAAACAGAGUGUUUUCGAUAAUCCCGAUCAAUUUAGUUUUAUUCCCGUCAAACAUGGCUUUAUCAUCCCCGGCGGUCGGUUUACAGAGCUAUACUACUGGGACACUUACUGGAUCAUCGAAGGUCUCUUAGUCAGUGGAAUGGAAAAAACAGUGCGAGGCGUGAUAGAGAAUUUGAUUGAAUUGGUAAAUAAACUUGGCCACAUUCCAAACGGUAGUAGAUGGUAUUACGAACAGAGGAGUCAACCUCCGCUACUGACAGCUAUGAUGUCACUUUACCUUCGAGCGACGAACGACAUCGAUUUUCUUAAGAAAAACAUCGACGCUUUGGAAGCAGAAUUACAGUACUGGUUAGAUACGCAAGUGUAUACCUUCGAAAUUGGAGACAAAGCGUAUACCUUACUCCGAUAUUAUGCGGCGAGCGAAGGCCCCCGACCCGAAUCUUACUACGAGGAUUAUACGAGCGCUCAGAUGUUUGAGACGGACGAGCGAAAGACACAGUUCUAUGUGGAUAUAAAGAGUGCCGCGGAAAGUGGAUGGGACUUUUCCACUCGCUGGUUCAUUAAAGAUGGAAGCGACAAAGGCAAUCUGACUGACAUACAUUCAACAGAUAUUAUACCCGUAGAUUUGAAUGCCAUCUUCGCAAAGGCCCUUCAAAAUAUGGCCUACUUCCAAUCAUUGGUACCGAAUCGUAUUAAGGCAAAACACUGGGAUUAUCUCGCCGAUCAGUGGAGCAAUAACAUCCAAAAAGUUUUGUGGGAUGAAGCUGACGGAUGCUGGCACGAUUGGGACCUAGCGAAUAAAAAGUUCCGAAAAUAUUUCUACCCAAGUAACGUAGCUCCUCUUUGGAUGGGCGUCGCUGAUAAGCCAUUCGUGGCAGCAAACGCGCCUCGUAUUUUGAAUUACCUGAAAGGAUCCCACGGGCUAGAUUACCCUGGUGGUGUUCCUACGUCUCUAGUGCGAAGUGGAGAACAGUGGGACUUCCCUAACGCUUGGCCGCCGCUUGUCAGUUUGACAGUUAACGCUUUAGAAGCGUUAGAGUUACCGUCUGCGAAGGAAUUGGGUUUCCGCGUAGCUCAGACUUGGGUGCGUUCGUGCUAUAAAGGUUUUUCUGACAACAAGCAGAUGUUUGAAAAAUACGACGUGGAAGUUCCAGGGAGGAUUGGGGGUGGAGGGGAGUAUACCGUCCAGACGGGUUUCGGUUGGACGAACGGUGUAAUAUUAGAGUUCAUAGCUAAGUACGGACAGAGGAUGUCGUUAGCAGAUAAAGAAAAUGAAACGUUGCAAAAUGAACCGGCAUUAAAUACAGAUAGUGAACCUUGGCUAGGUCGCAGUGAAAGUCGUCAGCUGAGAUGGGAUUCCGCCCCGGGACGCGCUGACACAAGAUGGACCGAGUGGCAGUCGCGUGCCGCUCGCUGGCACCAACAGUACGCUGCGCGCGACCUUACGACGCGCACGCAGUAA